AUGUCAACUGUCGGAUCGGCGUCGACUCCUUAUCGGGGAAAUCGUGAAGUCAUUUCGAUUCAUGUCGGUCAGGCCGGAGUGCAAAUCGGGAAUGCGUGUUGGGAGUUGUAUUGUCUAGAGCAUGGGAUUCAACCGGACGGAACAAUGGUUGACGAGGUGGACUCGGGUGAUGACGUCGAGUCAUUCGGAACGUUUUUCGCCGAAACCGCUGGAGGCAAGCACGUGCCCCGGGCACUCUUCAUCGAUUUGGAACCGACUGUAGUUGACGAGGUUCGCACUGGCACUUACCGUACCCUGUUCCAUCCGGAGCAAUUGUUGAGCGGAAAAGAGGACGCUGCAAACUGUUAUGCGCGCGGAAGGUACACGAUUGGAAGAGAGAUGAUCGACGUGGUGAUGGAUAGACUGAAACGCUUGGCCGAGAACUGCUCGGGUCUUCAAGGUUUCCUCGUCUUUCACAGCUUUGGCGGAGGCACUGGCUCUGGAUUUUUGUCCCUAUUAAUGGAGAGAUUAUCGAUGGAGUACGGAAAGAAACCGAAAUUGGAGUUCGCCAUCUAUCCAGCGCCACAGGUUUCAACCUCAAUGGUCGAGCCGUACAACUCAAUCCUGAUGACGCAUACCACGCUGGAGUACUCGGAUUGUACAUUUAUGGUCGACAAUGAGGCGAUCUACGAUAUUUGUCGUCGGAAUUUGGAUCUAGCAAGGCCAACUUACACGAAUUUGAAUCGCUUGAUUGCGCAAAUCGUCUCCUCGAUCACCGCCUCGCUGAGAUUCGACGGAGCGUUGAAUGUGGAUUUGACCGAGUUUCAGACGAAUCUGGUUCCCUACCCGCGAAUCCAUUUCCCGUUGGUUACUUAUGCGCCUUUGGUGUCUGCAGAGAGAGCUUUUCAUGAACAAAAUACAGUAGCCGACAUGACGAACGCGUGCUUUGAGCCGGGCCAUCAAAUGGUGAAAUGCGAUCCGAGACGUGGCAAAUAUAUGGCUGUUUGCUUACUGUACCGGGGCGACGUCGUGCCGAAAGACAUCAACUCGGCGAUUUCGGCGGUGAAAACGAAGAGAACCGUGCAAUUUGUGGAAUGGUGUCCCACCGGUUUCAAAGUUGGGAUCAACUAUCAACCGCCGACCGUCGUUCCUGGUGGAGAUCUCGGGAAACAAACGAGAUCGGUAUGCAUGAUUUCGAAUACAACCGCGAUCGCCGAGGCGUGGGCUCGUUUAGAUCACAAAUUCGAUCUCAUGUACGCGAAAAGGGCUUUCGUCCAUUGGUACGUGGGUGAAGGAAUGGAAGAAGGCGAGUUCUCAGAAGCACGCGAAGAUAUGGCCGCUUUAGAGAAAGAUUAUGAAGAGAUUGGGGAAGAUGAGUACAAAGAAGACGACGAGUCCUAUUACACCAGUCAUUCGCGAGCUCAAACCGGCCACUCAAGACAA